AUGAUUCGAAAAUAUCAAUCUGGAUAUAAAAAGCGUCAAAAAACUAAAAGAGUAGAACAAUUAAUUCAGUCUCAAAAAGGUGCUUUGGAUAAGUUUUUUUUAAAGGAUACCCAAGUAGUAGAGGAAAAUGAUGUUAAUUCUCACUCUCGGGAAUUAAAUGGAACUAAUGUUGAUGGUGAGAAUGUUGAACAAGAGGAAAUUGUGGAUGGUGUUGUUAAUAAGGAGAAUGCCAAUAUUUCCCAUAAUUCUGAACAAAAUAUGGACCAUAAUUCUGAUCAUACUAACCGCAAUAUUGAACAAAAUGAAUCUGUUUAUGUUGACAUAUAUGAUCCAAGAAAAUGGGAUUCUCUUGAGUCUAAAUUAAUUGACAUUUUGGCUAUAAAUGGCCCCAAAAGAGACUUGAGCAUUGUGAAAGGCCCCAAAGACAAAUUUUCUCGUAGAUUUUCUUCAACCUUUUAUACAAGAUAUUUGUCGAAUGGUGAAAAUUGUGAUAGGGAAUGGCUUGUUUAUUCGAAAGAGCUCGACAAAGUGUUUUGUUUUUGUUGUAAGAUUUUUAAAAAGGGUCCUGGUCCUGGGAAAGAAUUUUUUAUCGAGUUCUUACAAGUUAAUGAUACAACUGGCCAAGGGCUUUUUAAAGUGUUAGAAGAUGUGCUUAAAUCUCAUGAUCUUGAUAUAGAUAAUAUUAGAGGUCAAGGAUAUGAUAAUGGGUCUAAUAUGAAAGAGAGGAGUUUUUCAAAGCUAAAGUUGCUCAAGUCAUACUUAAGGACAACCAUGACGCAAGAAAGACUAAAUGGACUUGCUUUAAUAUCUAUUGAGAGUGAUAUUUUGGAAGACGUUGAUAUUGAAACUUUUAUAGAUGAUUUUGUUUCAAAGAAUGUAACACGAGUAUCACGUUUUAAGUGA